AUGACAACCAAAUUCCGGAACCGGCUGCACAACUUCGAGGAAGAAGACGCGUCGCAGCUGAAGCUUGGCACUGAAUUCAACAAUGCUGGUUGUUUGCUCAUCUCGGAAGUCAAGUAUCUACUUGAGAACCGAGAUAAGGAUGCCCCAGACACGAAAGUGUACAAUAAGACGUUGGAAUAUGUCAAGACAUUUGCCAAAUUCAACACGACUGACUCUGCCAGCGCUGUCCGAGAUACUCUGCGUCGUGAACCCGCCCUGACCCAGUUCGAGACAGCCCAAAUCGCCAACCUUUGCCCCGCAACCGCAGAAGAGGCCAAAAGUGUUGUGCCCAGCCUUGUGAAAAUUGACGAUGACCGCUUGGAUGCUUUGUUGAGUGAUAUACAAACCAUGCGAAAGUAUCAAUCAUGA